UUCCUGGAUUUCUGCUACUUCCUGGAUUUUGAGUACUUCCUUGACUAACCCGCAUUUCGAGUGACAAGUUCAGCUUCUUCGAUUCAUCCGCAAAAAUGUCCAAUCCCAAAGUUUUCUUCGACAUCACUGCUGACGGCGCUGCCAUUGGCCGGAUCGAGAUGGAGCUUCGUGCCGACGUGGUGCCCAAAACUGCGGAGAACUUCCGCGCCCUCUGCACUGGCGAGAAGGGCUUUGGCUUCAAGGGCAGUAGCUUCCACCGGAUCAUUCCUGGUUUCAUGUGCCAGGGCGGUGACUUCACCAAUCACAACGGAACCGGUGGAAAGUCGAUCUACGGCAACAAGUUCGAGGAUGAGAACUUCAACCUGAAGCACACUGGCGCCGGUAUUCUGUCCAUGGCCAACGCUGGAAAACAUACCAACGGAUCCCAGUUCUUUGUCUGCACUGCAAAAACAACAUGGCUCGACGGGAAACAUGUGGUGUUCGGCUCCGUGGUGAAGGGAGAAGAUGUUUAUAAGAAGAUCGAAGGCUACGGUCAGAGCAGUGGCAAACCCAAAGCCAAAGUUGUGAUCGCCGACUGUGGGCAGCUCUAAGUUCCUGCAACUUUGCUGUGCUGUGGCUGCAUUUGUGACUUUGCCUCUGAGUUUCUUUUUGCGUCGAUUUCCCUCUCCAUUUUUUACGAAUACAAAUUGUUUUGUUUUGUUUGUUUUUUUAUUAAAUUGAAUCUUAAGUGGACCUUUGGCAGAAAAGUGAAGCAAACGACACCUGAAAAAUUGAAAGAAAAAAAAAAGGAAAAGCACGUCCCGGAAAUCCACCACGUUCCACAAGAAGAUCCUUCUCGUUACGUCACAUGUUGGACUGAAUAGAAAUCUAGCUAAAACGUUAUAUACCCUGUAAAAACAAAGAUGAGUAUUAAGAAAAAGUUAAAAUUUGUAUUCAGUAAAUUGUACUGCACAUGUGCAUUUUGAGUAUGUCCUUUUUAUAUUUUUUAUUUGAAAUUACAUUCCAUUCCUUUUUUUUGCACCACGUGGAUUAUGUUCCCCUGAAGCUCUUUCUUUUAUUCCAUUCCAAUCUCACUUACAUCCGCUUUGACCAGGAUCAUAUAUACAUAUCCUGUCACUGUUGUGUUUGUCUUUGGUGCAUUUGGUUUAUUUUUCAAUGGGAAAUGAAGUUAUAUAUACACUUCAUAAUAAAUAUUUUCGCUUGCAAAAUAAAAGUCACAAAUGCAAAGGAAA